AUGACUACUUACGAGGCACUCACAACCGAACAGGAUUACUCUCAAUACCCAUCCGCAAUGCAGACUAAUGGCCUAUCGGAGCAACCGCCGCCUGCUGCUGAGGGAGAAGAUAAUUCUCAGUCAGAGGCAGCGUCCGUUCCGCCCCCUCCUCCUCAGCAAUCCGAGUGGGAUCAGGCACAAGAGUUGGUUAAUGCAAAUCCUGACGACUUUGGAGCUUGGGAAUACUUGAUUCGUGUAGCAGAAUCUGUAGAUGGGGGCAUAACAGCACAAUCUUCAGAGGAGAAUAUUCAGAACGUGCGCAAUGUCUAUGACCGGUUUUUGGCCAAAUUUCCUUUAUGUUUCGGAUAUUGGAGAAAAUAUGCCGACAUUGAGUUGGCAAUAGAUAGCGCUGCCGGAGCAGAGAAGAUCUAUGAAAGAGGAGUGGCCGCAAUAUCGAAUUCGGUCGAUUUAUGGACACAGUAUUGUCAGUUCAAGAUCGAACAUGCAGAGAGCGAUGAAGAAAUUAGAGGAUUAUUUGAACGGGGUGCUGCAUGCGUUGGACUUGACUUUCUUGCGCAUAUAUUUUGGGAUAAGUAUAUUGAAUUUGAAGAAUCAAGAGAUGCUCAUGAUCGAGUGUUGAGUCUCCUUGAACGUAUUAUUCGAAUUCCAUUGCAUCAAUAUGCAAAGUUUUUCGACAAGUACUCACAUUUAUCACAAACGCGACCACUUACCGAACUCGUGUCCCCAGAGCAAUAUCAGCAAUUAGAAGCAGAGGCGAAAGCAGCGCCAGCUACACAAUCUACAGAGGGAGCUGAAGAAGAACAAAGUUCACCGGCUGAAAAGACAGAAGAACAGAUCCAACAAGAUAUCAGAAUGCGUAUUUAUAAUAUGAAUGUGGAUAUAUACAUGAAAACACAAGCAGAAACAAAUAAGCGAUGGCCAUUCGAACACGAGAUAAAACGACCGUAUUUCCACGUAAAACCAAUGGAUGAAUUACAGUUGUCAAAUUGGCGUAGAUACCUCGACUUUGAAGAGUCAGAAGGCGAUGAUACACGUAUUCAAGUAUUGUACGAGCGCUGCUUAGUUGCGUUAGCUCUAUACGAUGAAUUUUGGUUGAGAUAUGCACGAUGGAUGCUAUCGAAAAACAGAGUUCAAGAGGCCCGAAAUAUAUUUUCGAGAGCGAUAACCGUAUUCAUCCCUGUCAACCGACCGAGUAUUCGGUUAUCAUUUGCUCUUUUCGAAGAAGAACAAAGCAGAAUUGAAGCAGCGAGAGACAUAUACAAGGAAUUAACAGACAACUUACCGGGAUGUGCAGAAGUAAUCUACAAAUAUGCUAAUUUCGAAAGAAGACAGAAUCCAGGCGACUGUUCAAUUGCACUUAAUAUUCUCAAGCAGUCACUUGAAGGGGAUACUCUACCAGAUGAAAAAUCAGCUGCAUUCAUUAGCGUACAGUAUGCAAAUAUGCUGUGGCGAUCUAAACAGUCCGUUGAAGAAGCAAGAACAAUAUAUGAAGAAGGAUCCGCCAAAUUUCUUGGUAGUAAAUAUUUCUGGUUAAACUAUCUAAAUUUUGAACUGGCCCAAAAUGACGACCCGGCAGAACAAAGGAUUACACAAGUCUUUGAGAAAAUUCGUAGUGAUUCAACAAUUGCACCAGAGUCAAUACGGGACAUAUCUCAACGAUAUCUCGACUUUUUAAUGGAACGCGGUCAGUCGAUAUCAGCCAUUAGCAAAGUAGAAAUUGAUCUUAAUAGUCCCACGGCCCUUAGAGCAACCCAAGAUGCACCUUACUAUCAGGGACAAUGGCCGUACCCUGCAACUGGUGCUGCUGCCCAGGUUGGUUUUGAGGGUUAUCAAUAUGCUUAUCCUUACGCACAACCACCGACAACACCAACAGCUCCGACAGCUGCAGCGACCGGUGUUGCAUGGGAUUAUACUCAACCUAGCGCAACAGGAUAUCAAUAA